AUGGCUCCAACCGUUACUUGGCGUGCGGGCACCGCCCCCCGCAAUCCAGCACAAGCCAAUGGCAUCCUCGCCGCCUGUCAAACAGCAGCUCAAGAUGCUGAAUUUGCAGGUUUUCUCACAAUGGAGAUCUGGACCGGACGGCAUACGAGCCGCAGUGACCGAGCCAACCAUGCCACGACCCGACUCAAGACCGUGAUCCAGACGGCCAACGGGCAACACCAGGUCGCCCACAUCUACCUAGACGCGAACUACACCUACACCGGCCAUGCUCUUUACCCCAACGUCAAGAACGACUGA